AUCCGGGGGUGGGGGCAGCAGAGCGCUGGCGGCCGCUUGCAGAGACCAUAGGCGGGCGAGGGGUUUGGCCUGGUCCCCAGCAGCCGGUCCGUCGUACGCGUCACGGGGCAGGCUGACACGCACGGCAUGGGCGGGGCCAUUUCUAAAGCGCCUGAAUCCCCCGAGCGAGCGCCUCUCUCUGCUGCCCUGUUUCCUGAUGCUGCGUUGUUCUGCGGGGCUUAGGACUGGGUCUUCUUCUCCCGUCUGCCUCGGCGCAGAACAGAACAAUGGCUCGGGCAGAAACAGGAAAUCCCAUACCCAGCGGCAGCUCUAGUCUGCUCUACUUCUAUGCUUCCCUCUCGCCCCUUUUGCGCACGCGCAAAGCACUCUCGCGAGAGCGGCACAGAAAACGAGAGGUGGGCUGAACGGCCAGCUGGGGAGCCAGUGGCGUGGUGGCGAGGUUGGCGGAAGUUCCACCCCCGGCGGAAGAGGGCAUUGUUGUGGCAGACGUCACUGGCGGAGGACGCGGGCGUCCCAUUGGGUCAGGCCCGGGCCGGAGCGAGCCAGGCAGGCGCAGGCAGGCCCGCCCGGGGAGCGGCGGCGGCGGCGGCGGCGGCGGCGGCGGCAGCAGGAGGGGGAGGCCCGCCCAUGGCCAGCACCGGCAGCCCCCUGUAUGAUGCUGUUCCCAUCCAGCCCAGUGUGGUCUUGUGUUCCUGCCCAUCUCCCUCCAUGGUGAGAAGCCAGGUGGACUCCAGCCCGCCACCUGUUUCUGUCCCCUGUGGCAGCAGACAGGGACUGACCAUGGAAAGCACCACAGCUGAGCCGAGGGCGAAUGCGAAGAGCCUGCAGCAGCCUCCCCAGCCCCGAAAGAAACGCCCCGAGGACUUUAAGUUUGGGAAGAUUCUCGGGGAAGGGUCUUUCUCCACAGUAGUUUUGGCCAGAGAAUUAACAACCUCCAGAGAAUAUGCCAUUAAAAUCCUGGAGAAGCGUCACAUCAUUAAAGAAAACAAGGUGCCCUACGUGACCCGAGAGAGAGAUGUCAUGUCCCGCCUAGAUCACCCUUUCUUUGUCAAGCUCUACUUCACGUUUCAGGAUGAUGAGAAGCUCUAUUUUGGCCUGAGCUACGCCAAAAAUGGAGAGCUGCUCAAAUACAUCCGCAAGAUUGGCUCCUUUGAUGAGACCUGUACUAGGUUUUAUACGGCUGAAAUGGUGUCUGCAUUGGAGUACUUGCAUGGGAAGGGAAUAAUUCACAGGGACCUUAAGCCAGAGAACAUCUUGCUCAGUGGAGACAUGCACAUUCAGAUUACAGACUUUGGCACAGCAAAAGUAUUAUCUGCAGAUAGCAAACAAGCACGGGCAAACUCCUUUGUUGGGACAGCCCAGUACGUGUCACCAGAGCUCUUAACGGAGAAGUCUGCCUGCAAAAGUUCUGACCUGUGGGCCCUUGGCUGCAUCGUCUACCAGCUUGUAGCAGGUCUGCCACCCUUCAGAGCUGGAAAUGAAUACCUUAUAUUUCAAAAGAUCAUCAAACUGGAGUAUGACUUUCCGGAGAAGUUCUUUCCCAAGGCAAAAGAUCUUGUAGAAAAGCUUUUGGUUCUAGAUGCAACCAAGCGGUUAGGCUGUGAAGAAAUAGGAGGCUAUGAACCCCUGAAGGCUCAUUCCUUUUUUGAUUCCAUCGCCUGGGAGGAUCUGCACCAUCAGACGCCCCCCAAGCUCACCGCCUAUCUGCCUGCCAUGUCGGAAGAUGAUGAGGAUUGCUAUGGAAAUUAUGACAAUCUCCUGAGCCAGUUUGGCUGUAUGCAAGUUUCCGGCUCGGCCUCUUCUCAGUCGCUGUCCUCCCCAGAGACGUGUCCCCCACUGACCUUGGGCAACAACAUAGAGCAAUAUAUUCAUGACCUCGACAACAAUUCCUUUGAGCUAGACCUCCAGUUCUCUGAAGAUGAAAAAAGGUUACUGUUGGCAAAGCAGGCUGGUGGAAAUCCGUGGCACCAGUUCGUAGAAAAUAAUUUAAUAUUGAAAAUGGGGCCAGUAGACAAAAGAAAGGGACUUUUUGCUCGCCGGCGUCAGCUGCUCCUUACUGAAGGGCCUCACCUGUACUACGUAGACCCCGUCAACAAAGUUCUGAAAGGGGAGAUUCCGUGGUCAUUGGAGCUGCGGCCAGAAGCUAAGAACUUCAAGACUUUUUUUGUUCACACACCCAACAGGACCUACUACCUGAUGGACCCGAGUGGGAAUGCUCAUAAAUGGUGCAAGAAGAUCCACGAGGUUUGGCGACACAGAUACCACCAGAACGCGACGAAGUAACGACACUGCCCCUCAGCAUCCCGCCUCCCUCCUUGCUGCUAGAGCGCCACACGCGACCAGCCAGAGGACUCUUCCUUGCUCAGCUCACACCCGUCUCCAGGGGAAGGCGAGAGCCCUGACGAGCUUCCUUGCUGAGGAAAAGCCCAACCAGUGGAAUUCAGGGUUGCUUUGCUUGCUUUUGUGUUUCUGUUGAGGCUUCCACACACACUCUGCUGCCGUGAGUGACAACCGUCUCUUAAUUUUGUGCACUUCCGCUUGGUUUUUGCUGCAAACUAGUGGCUUCACGGUCUGUUGGUCAAGUGAGGCCAGCUUAAUCCAUGCACACAUGGAUCAUGUGGGGGUUGGAUUCUUACUGUGAUUCUCCAGUUAUGCAACUGUGCUUCGUCGGGAAGCUUUGGAAUGUCUCCAGGCGAGAGGCCACUGUUGCUCCCGUUGCCAUCUCCUCCCAGCUUAGCUGGUCUCAGCACUUGCAGUCCCCACAGGCAUGCCCUUGUGAAGAGACACUCCAGGCCGCAUCCCGGCGGCGGGGUUCUCCACGGAUGGUACUCUGACUUGAACUCCGCACCUUGCAGACACACACUCCAGCACAGGCCAUAAAAAAGGGGCCUGCUGAACACGGCACUUGCCAUGGUUGCAGCCUUGGCGGUCCAGUGUGCUCAUGGAAUUUUAAACAUGGAAUUUUAAUUUGACACAUGUACAUGUUUGAAUAAGGAGCAUUACAGUUACCAGCAUGCUUUUAGCUGCUGCUGCUAACUAAGAGGUUAAGUAGUUAGUACAGAACUGUCUUGAUGUAGUGAAGAGACUCUUUGCCCCUUUUUGCAAGAGGAGAGCCAGCUGCUUUCUUUCCAGGGUGUGGCGUGGACAGAGCAUUGCAGGGGCUGGGCUGGUGUUCUUGGGAGGGGAGGCUGAGCAAGGGAAGCUCCGCUGCCGUGCAACUGAUGACUUGAUUUGUUGUCUCUUUGUAUAAUGAGGUGUACAAAUAUUCCUGUCUUGUUCAUUGGCCGAGUGUCGGACCUUUUAGCAACUUUGAAAAUAUUUUACAUGAUUUAAAUAUAUUUAAGCCCCUCCACUAAUCGGACUAAUUGUUGUGUUUAUGUAAAAAUGUUGAUACAAAGGAGGGAAAAUAUGUAAGGUACUUGAGUCAUAUCUAUCAAAUGUUUCAUAUCGUUCUCUUGUCCUUUUCCAAUUAAACUGUCAUGGUCAACAUUUCUCGUAAGAUAGCAAAGAUCUUGCUUUCUCCGUUCUAAUAAUCUCAUCUCGUGGGGGUGUGGGGGGAGUGUGUAGCACUGACCUUUGAGAAGCCUGACUGAGCCUUUGGGAGGUGGGGCAGGCAGUGAGUUGUGGGCUCCCUUGCCCCAUUCAGAUCCACUUCUUAGUUUCCCUGUCACCUCAGUGCUAAGACCGAACAGAUUGGUCUUCAUUUAACAGGUUGGGGUUUUGAGCACACCCUCAAGCCUGAAGCAGUGUCCCCAGAAUAGCCCCUUUAAGUCGGAAGAGUUGAAUCUCUCCUUUUGGGAAAAGAGCUGCACCUUCACUUCCAAAGUGAAAGCCUUGUCGCAGGUUGCCUGUGUGUGUAAAAGAGAAAACACUGGGGGUGGGAUUCAGGAUGGAGGGAGAGAGUCCUUCACUCUGCACAAUUUAACAUAUUUCCCCCUGAAAAAUCCUACUUCCCAGCAGAAUUAUCAGAGCACAAGAACACCACAAAUGCAUGUUUAAACUGGCCCUAUCCAGCCCCAGCACAGCAUCCCUCCGUGGCUGUUCCUGGUGUUUGCCUUAUGUUUCUUUUUAGAUUGUGAGCCCUUUAGGGACAGGGAGCCAUCUUUAUUUAUGUAUUUUUUAUUUUUCUAUGUAAACUGCUUUGAGAAUGUUGUUGAAGAGCGGUAUAUGAAUAUCAGUAUUAGUAGUAAAAGGAAAUUUGAACAUUUUGGAGGAAUACUCCA